AUGUUAGCCACAGAUGAAUAUUUUCCAAGUCAAACUUUGAUCAUUCUAAAAUUGUUAGAAAACAAAUCUAUUCAUGACAUUGUUGAACUGAUCGAAGACAAUUAUAUUGAAGAAAAUAUUGAUGACUUUCAAGUUGGAGAUGAUUUUAUUGUUUUGAAAGGACGAUCACAUACGCUUUAUAUUUGUUAUCAGAAUGCAACUUCACAACGCUAUGAAGUAAGACCUCUCGAUUUUCAACAUGGUCAAAUUGAAUCCUUCUUUUCAUGUGGAUUUAAUUCGAUUGUGAUACAAGACAAGGCACAUCAAUAUUAUGUGGUCACUAUAGAUCCUUCAAGUGGAAAGAUCAAAAGUUUGGAUACCCUUUUGGAAUUGAGCAAAUUACUCUCAAAAAGACGGAAAAUUGAGCAAGUGGAGUGUUUGUUUUUCUCGGAGGAAGCUCAGCGUGUCUAUCCACUCGCCAUUUCCAAGAACCAUGAUAAAUUGUUAUAUAAAGGACCCUAUGGAAUUCCUGAUCGACGGUAUGGAGGAGAUUAUGUGGAAUCUUGUUAA